CGCUAUUUAUUAUUUGGAAUUUUCCAAACGACUGAUUACCGCUCGUAGUAAGUUUUACAAACAAAUUCGUAUCCGUUUCGUAUUUUUCGCGAUUAGCGCCAAAUAGGAAAGACGUCCACGGCGGGGAGUCUAUGCGCUUUCGAAAAACAUAAAAAUUUUCACAGCAGGCGAACGUACGUGGAGCGCGCUGCCGUAAAUUGCUAAUAAUUCAGUUGAUUGCACAGUUACAGUGCCCGAAUAUGGGUUAGCGGCAAGGAAUUCGAAGAUCUAGCGACCAUUGACUUCUGUGAUAUUUAAAUUGUUUGUUUGUGUGUGUUUAUAUUUGUUUGUUUCAUAGUUGUGUUGAGUGCAUUCCGGCCGUGAAAGUGUGUGAAAAAAUUGUGUUUUUGUGAAACUUAUACGAUGGAAAUUUUCUUAGCUGAAUGGAUGUUAGGCGGUGGCCUUCCUGGCGCCGGUUACGGAUGCUAAUCUAUCAGUCUUGUGAAAAGCGACGUGUGCCACCGGCCCACAUUCAAGUACCAAACGCCCGAUACCAAAGCCCUUGAAGGUGGACGUUAUGAAAAUGAUGCCGCAGCAGUACUGCCUGCGAUGGAAACACCACCACUCCAAUGUGCAGAAUAUGUUCGCACAGCUGUUAGAGAAAGAAAGGUUCUGCGACGUAACGUUGUACUGUUCCCCGAAUUUUGCCACACAAGUGCCCAACAAAGAUACUAUAGACCCGCAAAACAUACGCGGGGUGUCCCUCAGGGCACACAGGGUGGUGUUGGCGGCAUGCUCGGAGCUGCUCGGCGCGUUGCUCGGCGCGCACGAGGCGCACGGCGAACCGGUGCUCGUCAUAGACGGAGCCGAGCCAAAGCAUCUGAAAGCACUGCUGGAUUACAUGUAUACAGGGGAGAUGAACGUGCAUCAUUCUCAGCUGGCUGGUCUUCUGAAGACAGCUGAGGAGCUAAGGAUAAAGGGUCUCACCGACAUUCGGUGGAACAAUAAAGACGAACCGCCCGACUGCACCAGCGGCGUGGUGACCGCAGUGCCUUCAGACGACAGGAGACCGCCGGAGAGUCAGCCGUCUCCGAAGCACGCUUCGCCCAGAGACAAUAAAGAGCAGAGGAACGCCGAAGCAACUUCGGAGCUCAGGGCGUACGUCAAGAAGGAUGGUGAUGGUGAUGAUGUGAAGCCGGUAGAGAAGUGCAGUGUUAAUGGAGGACCGCCGCCACUCAUAAAACUACCGACUAAAGAGAAAUUUUCGCCGCCGAAGAGGGACCAUUCUGAUUCUGAUACACCCAGCCCAAAACGACAACGGCUUAUAAGCGCUACGGAGCAUACUGACGACGAGUCGCUUUCACACAAAUCGGACAAAGACGGACAGGAAUGGCAACACGGGAAUUUGGACAUAUCGGCAGAACGCGUGGUGGGCUGGGGGGCCUCCCAGAGUGGGCGGUGGUCCUCCUGCUCCGACGAGGAGUGGGCCGACGCGCCCGCCGACAUCGGAUCCUUCCUCCACACCAGGCUGCGGGUGGGCGGCGACAGCGCGGACGAAGAAUCCAACGACAGCACGAACGCGGCCGUGCCGUCUGCGCCCGCGUCGUCCUCGUCCUCGGUGACGGCGGACGUCAAGAUUGAAAUAGCGCCGAUGACUUUAACCAACGUCAUUCACAAACCGACCAUAGGCCCCAAAUCGGGACCCACGGACCCUCGCUUCACGGACGUGAUAAAACUGAGUGAUUAUCUGCAACACGGCCGCCGGCCGCAAUUCUGGGAGGAGAAUUAUGUCAAAAGGGUGAUGGAAGCGGUGCGCGUCAAGGAGUUGGAGAUGAAACAAGCCGCCGAGAUAUUGGGAGUGAGCUACGGGACUCUGUACGGCCGUUACAGAGACGUGUACGGGUGUAUCAACAGGCCUUACAGGACGGCCCGUGACUUCUGGCAAGCCAAGGGUCCAUCGGAGGUGCUGGACCGGCUCCAGCGCGGCGACAUCUCCCUGGAUUCUGCCGCCAUCUCGCUGGGAGUCAGCGUCGCCAACCUAUCCUCCUACCUCGCCGACUUUCCCCUGGACAAAGAGUUCGAGCCGAUCCCCAUAGAGAUCGACCCGUCGCUGAAGAUGCGCCCGCGCACGUUCAGCGGGGGCGCGCCGCCCGCGCCGCCCGCCCCGCCCCCGCCCGGCAAGACUGAUAAGAAGGCUAAGCCAUUACUACCCCCCGUGAAGAAGGUGGUUCUCGGCAGUUUGACCGACGAGGAUCCCAUUCCGGCUACGGUGAUCGCGGCGCAGGAUAAGACCGCUUACGGAACCACCACCGCUCCAUCUGGCAAAUGGCCCUCCAUCCGCGUGGCGAGCCUGGAAGCGCUGCGCGACCCCCCCGCGGCCCCCCGCGACGCCCCCGCCGCCCCCCGCGAGCCCCCCGCCGCGCCCGCGACCCCGUCCGCGCUGAUGCGCACGCGCCCCGACCUCACCAUCCUGCCCACGCGCAGGGACGACGACACGUGAUCGUCGCACGCUGAUUCGAUCAUCUAAGUGUGUUGUCAGUGACACCAAAAAUAUAUAAACAUUGCAAACAUCAAUGUAUGUAAAUGUUAAGGAACAUUUGGAGAAGUAUAUGAACUUUUGCAGGUUAUGUGUGAAUAAAUUACACAUUUCAUGACAGAAUUACACCGAAAAGACAAUUAUAUAAUGUGCGUUUCUCGUUAUAAAUGUGUGAAAAUGUCGUCGUAUGAAGUGAGGAAUGUAGAACAAUAUAUUAUAUUUAGAUAAAAAGUUAAUGCGUUAUUUUAAUGCGACACUGACAUGUUUGUUUUCAUUGGAAUAUGUAGACAGUUCAGUGUUUAUACUUAAAAAAAAACUAUAUAUUUUGACUCAUCCCAUCACUGUUUAAAUAAGUGCUUAUUGAUAUUGCAUUAAAAAAAUUUAUCGUGGGAAAUCAACUUACUACUCUUUAAGCAGAAUAGAGAAACUCUUUUAUUUUUUAAAAGUCGGUUCAUAAUUUUUAAUAUAAAAAAUUAUAGUAAAAUGCCUAUUUUGUAUUUGUUAAAAUGGAAUUUUGUAAUAAUAUGUUAUUUAUUUUGCCUUUUUUUAUUAUUGUUGACUUGUAACUACAAGCCUCUAUUUUUUUUAUAUUUUCAGUCAUACUCGUAUAUGUAUUUUUAUAUACACUUAUCUCGUCUUAUAAUACACGACAGGUGAUAAAAUGUCGUACUGGCCGGAGGUCGUACAAAACGAUUAACACUUCUCAAUGUUAAACUAUGACAGUUAAUUAGAUGUUACAUUGUCGUUGUUAAAAUGAUUUGAUUAAAUUCGUGGAUUCUCCUGUUAACGUUAAUUUUGAUUCAACUCUUAUUUACAAAGGGUACAGUGAGAUGAAGUGAAAAGUAUACCACAUUUAAUGCGGUAACGCUACGAAGGUGGUAUGCCUUAUUAUUAGGUCAACUAUACAGAGAAUUGAUUUCAAUAACAUUUUUCAAAAGUAUAGAGAUCACAUUAUAUAAAGUCGUCAAUUUGGAUUUAAAAAAAAUUACCACAUUCAUAAUUUACACAGAUUACACAGAGUAAAAGUCUAAAAUUUGUAUGGCGCGAAAAUAUUUGAACGGUUGGGCCAAUCAGAGCGCGCGAUUUGAACCGCGAACUGAAUUGUUAUCAGGUAUUACGAGCGAGAUUGCUUGUGACAUUUCGUAAUUGGAUUUGAAGUUUACCACUCUUGUUAUAAAGUUGUUAUUUCAUUGAGUUUCCAUUAGGUUUUGUCGUUCUGCCGAGGCGUACUUGUAACUGUGAUGUGUGAUCUUGUUUUUUUUUUGCCGAUUUUAUUUUUCAUCAUCUGCAUUGCAUACGAAACUAAAUUGAAUCUAACUGGCUGGCUGGCCAAUUUUGAAAUCCGAAUUCUGUAUAAUUCCUUAAUGAAUAUAUUAGAUUUUAUGAUAAAAAAAAAUUGUUGCUUUUUUUAUUAUAGUCGUUGUAAUUAUGAACUAAUUAAGACUCAUAUUUAUUUACACGAUGUUUUUAAAAUGAUUCAAUACAAUAUCUUGAGUGUUUGCAAAAUCGUGAAUGUUUAAAAUGUAGGGCUUAGAUAAGACUAGAGCACUUGUUUCUCACGGGGAUAGUCAGAGAAUUAUGUUCACUAGGUAUCUAUUAUGACGCUCAGAAAUUGCCUUGUAUACUAAGAAGGCAAUGCUGACAUAGAUACAUAAGAGGAGAUUCUAUUUAUUUUUAUGUAAAAUGGGCGUAGCUACGGUUUCUUAAAAAAGGGAACGGAACAAAAUUAUAUUAAUAUUAUCACACAUAGAUGUGUUUGUUCAUAUUAUCACACAUAGAUGUGUUUCACGCAAAAACUACUGAACGCAUUUUCAUAAAUCUUGCAUAAAACAACGUAAUAAUAAGCAAGAAAAAACAAUGCUUUUAACAUAAACCCCAUUAUUUGGUAAUUGACAACCAAAUAUUAUGAAAUGCAGAAAAUUAUUUUUCUUGUUCCGUAAAGUCACCCACACUUAGCUACGCCCAUGAAUAAAAAUAUAAUUUUUAAGCGUUUAUUAAAUUUAGCGAACAAAUCCAAGUAUUGUUUUCGCCAAAAUCUUAUUUAUAAUAAGUUUUUGUUAGUCUUAUUAUUAAAGAUUUUAUAUUAUUUAAAAAAAAUUGAAUCAGGCAAAAUCGUUGUUGUGAACUGAAGAUUUUUUUAUAGUUGAAUAGUAUUUUAAUUUAUAUUAUCGAAUAUUUGAGGCUGAGACGAGACAGCGGUUUUUUAGACGUGUUUUAUGUUUGUUGUGUGUUUGUCUGUAACAACGGAGAGACGAAAGUAACUAAACAGUUUUAAUUUGAUAUCGUAAUAUGAAGAUAUAUCGUUAUUAGUUAUUGAAAAUACUAAUAAAUAUACAUUUAAUAAUUAGAUCAUGAUAUAUACUACGAUCCCACAGACAACAAACUUAUAACACCUCUCGUUUGCGUAGGGGGUUUUAGUUAUGCCCUUAAUGUUCUUUAGUAUGUUUUGAAUUAGAUGUUUAAUUUUAAUAUUUAAUUUUAUACUUGUUUUUUUUAUAUAUAAAAUAUGUUAUCAGCGCGUACAGAGGUUUAUUUAUAAAAUAAUUAGGACUCUCAUUAUUAUUGUAAAUAUAUAAUUAUUGUGUAAUAUCGUAGAAGACCAAAUUAAAAACUUUGUUCAUAGAAAUUGUUUGUAUGUAAGAAGUAAGCAGUAGUUUUAUAUAAUUAUAUAAAUGUCAUAAUUUGACUGACAUGAUGAUUAUAGUAUAAGAAUCGAUUAUAAAAAUUAUAUUAGUUAUUAAUAUAGUUUUAAAGAACACAUUUCCAUAGAAAUUAGAAUAUUGUAGAUUAUAAAUGGAAAUUAAAUAUAAAUACAUACAUAUAAUAUAUAAACCUAUAUCAGUAACACAGUACUAUAAACAACUUAUUUUCACGUGACAUUUUGAAAGUCCCAGCGGCCUAUGUCGUGGUUUUAAAAACGACCAAGAGAUGGCGCCUUGGGACCAACUACUGAAAGUUCCGAAGAUCAAUGAAAUUUGAAUAAACAAUAACUUUUGGUAAUAUCUGUUAAUUAUAAGCAUUUUAAGUAAAAAAAAAUUUUUGGUUUGGUAAAAAUAAGAUUGCAAAAUUAGUGACGAUUUUGACUGUACGUAAUUAACAGACAGUUAUUUUUCUAAUAAUAAUAACAUAAAAGACAAAAAAUAAUGUCAUCGUACAUUAACUUUAAGCUUAUACAUAUAAAACAUACAUACAUAUAACAAAUAUUUGUAUACCUAUUACAUUAUAUAAAACCGUCUUAGUUAUAGGAUAGUUUAUAAAAGAAAAUUAUAUUUAUACAGUCACUUGUUCCUCUCGUAUUACGUAGGUUUUUUCGCACAGUGGCGCCAUAUUGUAUGUAUUAUAUUUUUAGCAACGAGGAUAUUUUAAAAAUACGAACACGAGCGACGCCGCGUUUACCGCGCGCAAAACUAUCGCUGAUUCCCUUUUUAUUAUGACCAACAGAACAGAACACAGACAGGCACAGAUUGCGCUAGUUAAGCGUUUGUGCUCGUGUCACUGUCAAAUGGAACAUGUUGUCAUUCUGGUUUAAAAAAAAAAUAUAGGAGACCUUUUAUUCUUUUUUUUUUCAAAUAAGGUUAGGCCAAUUAGAAAGAGAUUUCUUUCAGCACGCCUCCGUCGAUUAAUUUGUAUGAAAAAUGUAAUACAUAUAUUUUUUUCAUCUGAACUUUCUUCAGUUUCUUUUUACCUUAUUUCUAUGAUAAGAUCUUUGGUAUGUUUAAGAUCUGACAGCUGCUGUGUGACAUUUUUAAUACCCUCAUUUAAUUGCAUGUUAAAAUGUAUCCUUUAUAUUUUGUCUUGCUUCUUACAAAUGUUAUUUAUUAAAUUAAUUCUGAAAUACGCCUGCCAUCUUUCAGCCACUAGCGCCACCUACUGAUAUGAUUUACAUUUAAUCGAUAGUUGAAUGUUAAAACGAAUUUUAAGAAAAUAUUUCUUCAAGAGCCGUCUGACAUCUUUCAACGGACCUCUGACAUCUUUCAACGGACCUCUGACAUCUUUCAACGGACCUCUGACAUCUUUCAACGGACUUCUGACCUCUUUUGAAAAUCUUAAACGCACCGUUAGACACUCAUCUCUAGCGAGUUGAGACGUAAGUGUUUUCAGCUUAAAAUUCGUUUGUAUAUAAAUUUAAUUUUAAUUUUUCAACGCGGUCGUCCGCCCCUAAACCCACCCUCUUUAUUAUAUACUCUGUCCAAAAUUAAUUGGAUGUACUCGGUACCAAAUUGUAUAUGUAGCUAAUUAAUUGUUAAGGUAAUGUUAUGUCGUGUUGGCGUGGCGUUCUUUAUUUUGAUGUACAGUCACCACAACGUACCCAAAUUCACUGUAUAGGUGUUACAGCGUCGUAGAGUUCCAUGCGUGGUAACGUAAUAUGCGGUUGAGUGUACUUUUUCGUUGCAGGACGUGUCUUGGUCCGCUUUUAAGGUACAACAGGGAGUCUCACAAUUUCCUUCAGCUUCCCGGUUAUUUAGUUUUUUUUUAAUGUACACUUAGCGUCAAUAAAAUGUAGCCACACCGGUUAAACUUGCAUUGGAUGUUGUGUUUUCCGCCGUUGACUGUACAAAAACUGUAAAGGUUUUGUCAUUAUUUAAAGAAAGAAAAUUAUGAUGUUACAUCGAUAGAUGACAGCAAAUUGAACACGGUAAAAAAAAUUUAAAAUUAUAUUAGAAAUUAGCAAACUUUGUUUAUGUACUCUUAACUUAAUUCUCUUAACUUAAUAACUCUCUCUUAACUUAAUUCUUAUCUUACUCUAAAUCUUAAUUCUGUAACUUCAAAAUAAAGAACGGCAUCCCAAUCCAACUGCAAUUUUAUGUUAUUAGACUCAUAGAUUAAUUUUCUCUGAAGCGAACGUGGAUAAUACUUGAAAAUGAUCGACGUUGUUUAUUUUUAACUUUUAUAUACUUAUACUAUUAAAGAAAUUAUGAUGAUGGCGAGUGCCGUGUGGUUCCCGGCAGGGGAACCUAACCCGUAUUUGAUCUAUCAUGGUUACACAUCCAUUAACCUGAAUAUGCAGGUAUCCUCACGAUGUUUUCCUUCACCGUAAGUGCAUCGGUUAGUAUUUAAACUAAUGUACGUAACUUCGAAAAAGUCAUCGCUACAUGGCCGGGGUGGGAUUCGAACCUGUCCCCUUUUUGCGCAUAACGCAUUUUAACCGGGCAACUUACCAAUUCGACCAUCGACGCUCCACUCCGACAACCUAUUGUAAUGUAAUUUAUUAACUGUUUUUUUUUACAUCUCAUUUGCCUAACCUCAAAAUGUUUCAGGUAUUCACCACGUUGGUUUCAGAAAUUGUAAUUGUUUAUUUAAUGACAAGUCGCAUGUGCGGUUCAUACUUUUGUAUGACGUGUUGUUAGUUUAUACUGAGUUAGUUUGUGUAAAGCGACGGACAGACACUAAGAUGAGAAUGUGCGUAGAUAAAUAAAUUUUAGAUGUAGAAUAUCUAUAUUUGGCCUUAUAGUGUAUGUAAAUUAUAUUAUGUGAAAAUAUUUAAGCUAUGUAUAGAAUUGAUAUUGGGUACUGCAUAUAUAAUCUGUAUUUUGGUAAGAUUAGGUUAAAAUUGGAUCAAUAAAUUUAUCAAAAUAUAUUGGAAAAACCAAAAUUGUUUCGAAAAUCGAGAUUCAAGCCCAUUUGAUUUAGUGUCAAGAACUGUUGGCUGAAUUUUCCUUAAAAUAAAAUUUUUGGAGAGAAAAGCAGCCAGCCUUCUUGUCACCUGCGAAGAUGAAUUAUUGUUAAUUGAAUGCCAAAGAUUUAAAUGGUAAUCUUUAUGGGUCGAUAUUUUAUCGAAAUUUGUGUUUUAUGUAUAUUUUUAUUUGUGUUUUCGUCCGCCGCUAGUGUACUGUCGGCAAAAUAAUUAUAUUGUUAGGAAAUUUAAAAAUAAAACGUUUAAUCAAUA